AUGUUUGAGUCUCUCGUGUCGCGGCUCACGUCGCCGCCCGUGUCGCGACGGAGACAUACGGUGCAUGCUGCAAGGGAGGUUUGCAGCGAGCCAGAGGAAGAAGCAGCACCAGUACAGCGUCGUUCAAGGGCCGCUAAACAACUAUUAGACAAGCGUCGUAAAGCAAGACUUUCAUGUGCCGAUCUUACCACUGCUACAAAUGGGGAACCCGAACGUACAUCGCGCAUGGACGCGCUCAAAGCUUUCUUGCCAUUACGACAGUCGAAAUCCCUUGGAAGACUCGACGGUCUCAAAGAGGUGAGUGUUGAAAGUAAAUUUAUUUGCUGA